AUAGCCACGGGGCAUACGGAGGCGAUGAGGAUGGCGCUGCACAGGCAGGCUCGGGCGUGAGACCCUAACCACUGCAGGCAAGAAAGGGGCUGGGACACCACCCGGUCAGGCUGGGGCUCAGCAUGGCUGGGAGCAUCCUGAGCGUGCCAUUCUAGCCCCACGAGAGAGCCCCACUGGGCAGCAAAUCUUAGUGGCCCCUUUGCCACACAGCUGGGCAGCAGCCGAGUGGGUGGGGACGAAGGCAUCACCCACACCAUGCCCCAGCUAUGAUCCAGAGGAAGGGGUCCUGGCUCCCCCGGACAUCAAGCAGGAGUGCUGGGGCAAGAUGGAGAGCGUGGGGCGGGGGUCCUGAGCCUCCACUCAUGUGGAGCCCGUAGGAAGUUGCCACCACUGGCUCUGUCACCCGUGGCUGGGAUGUGCUGGAUAUUUUCCUGUGCCAGAUUUGGAACACACUUCAAGGACAUGGGACUCCAGUUUUAUCUACUGCUUCUCCUCCCAUGGAUGGCAGGGGCCAUCCUAGACAUCACCCUGAUUGCCAACGUGCAGAGCCUGUCCCACUCUGACUUCUUCCUCUCCUGCAUCAUGGGCGAGCGUGACGUGAGCUACCUGCAGAUUGAGAGGGAGAACAAGAUUGUGAUGACGCACCCCAAGACAGGCUUCCAAAACUACCGCAACCGCAGCAACUACGUCCAGGCCAGGGGCUUCUCCAUGCCUGACCUGGUGGGCAUCCUCUACUGCCUGGGGCGCACGCCAACAGAGCAGGCCCAGGUGGUCUACGUGCACAACAGCCACAAUGCCCACCUCUUCCCAGUGAAGGCCACGCAGUCUGUGAAUGUCGGCGAGCCGGCCACCUUCUCCGCCAGGGUCCUCAGGAGGAAGGAGAUGGAUGUCAUGUGGAAAAGAAAUGGUACCUACUACCAGACCACGGACCGGGGCGAGGUGCGGGGUGACCUUUUCACUCUAACACUCCCGAAUGUCAGCGUAACUGAAAAUGGUGUCUACAGUGCCACUUUCAUGGGAGAUAGCCCUCUGUGGAGUGCCUUCUACAGGCUAAUCGUCAGAGCGUGUGCUGCAAAGAAAUGGGGUCCGUCCUGUGAGAAGGACUGUCCUGACUGCCUGAAUGGGGGCAUCUGUCAUGACCACGUCGGUGAAUGCAUCUGUCCUCCUGGCUUCACAGGCACCCGUUGUGAGAGAGCCUGCCGGGAAGGCCAGUUUGGCCGCAACUGUCAGGAGACGUGCCAGAGAGCCCAGGGCUGCAGGGGGCUGAGCUUCUGCCUGCCGGACCCCUAUGGCUGCUCCUGCGCCUCGGGGUGGAGCGGCUCCCACUGCAGCCAAGCCUGUCCCCCAGGAUACUAUGGCCCCGACUGCGCUCUGAUGUGUGCCUGCCGGAAUGGUGGCAGCUGUAACCGCUUCAGUGGCUGUGUCUGCCCUGCAGGCUGGCAUGGGCAGCACUGCGAGAAGUCAGACCGCUUCCCCCAGAUCAUCAAACUGGCCUCGGAGCUGGAGUUCAACCUGGGCUCAGAGCCCAUCAUCAGCUGCGUGGCCACCGGCAACCCACUGCCUGCAAGUGAUGGUGUGGAGCUGCGCAAGGCUGAUGGCACCAUGCUCAAGCUGGUCAAAGCCAUCAUAGAGUCGGGGCAGAUCACGUGCGAGUUUCAGGUGCAGCAUCUGACGAAGGCCGACGCAGGGCUCUGGGAGUGCCGAGUCUCUACUACUGGGGGCCAGGACAGCCGGAAAGUCAAGGUCAACAUUCGAGUGCCACCAGCACCCCUGAGCCCCCCCCGGCUGCUGGCCAAGCAGAGUCGCCAGCUUGUGGUGUCACCUGUGGACUGCUUCUCUGGUGAUGGGCCCAUUGUCUCUGUCAAGUUACUCUACAAGCCCAAGGAUGAUGCCUCGGUGUGGUCGUCCAUUGUGGUUGACAACAGUGAAAACAUCACCCUCAUGAACCUCCGGCCGGUGACCGCCUACGUUGUCAAGGUACAGCUGAGCCGACCAGGGGAUGGUGGUGAGGGCAGCAAGGGACCUGAGGCCGUCAUGGUGACUGAGUGCCUAGAGCCCACAGUCAAGCCUGUGAUUGAAGGUUGGUCCAUUGAGGAGAAGAACACCCUUCAUGUCAACUGGAAAUUGCCGAGUAACCAUGAGCCAGCACAUGGAUUCAUCGUCCAUCUCUUCGACUCCGCAAAGCAACUGGUCUACAAGAAAAACAUCACGUCCAUUUCCGUGCUCUCUGCCCACAUUGGGGGCCUGGAGUUCAACAAGGAGUAUGGGCUGGAGGUGCUGGUGUACCACUGCACCAGCCUGGGGCCCCCCUCUGACCUCUACAAGGUCAUGAUCAACAGCAAAGGGCCUUCCUCCCCACGGUCACUCUCAGCAGAGUCUGUGUCUGACACAGCCAUCAGGCUCUACUGGCAGGUCCCCGAGUACCCCAACGGGGGCAUCACCAAGUACAUUGUGGAGCUGCAGCAGGUGGGGGGGACCAGUGAGCCCCAGUGGAUUGACACCGACAAUGGCGCCGAGACCACCAAGAUCAUUGGAGGCCUCAACGCCAGCACCACCUACCAGUUUCGUGUCCGGGCCAACUCCCACGUCCCAGGGGAGUGGAGCCAGUUGGUGAAAGCCAAGACCCUGGGGGAUGGAGCACUGAGUGUGCCACCCAGCCUGGGCAGCCAGAGCACCGAGCAGGCAGGAGUAGACCAGCAGCUGCUCUUGGCCAUCAUCGGCUCCGUGUCCGUCACCUGCCUCACCAUCCUCUUUGCCCUCCUGGCACUUUUUCUCAUCAAGAAGAACUUUUUCCACCGGCGCCGCACCUUCACAUACCAGUCUGGCUCGGUGAGUGCUGCCUGCCCUGCCAGGACAGUGUCCCCAGCUCCCCACGUCCCAGCCCGAUCCAGGUCACGCUCCAUAGCCUCCAGUCCGGAUGCAGCCAGACCUCACCUCCACACAGAGAGGGGAGAAGAGACCAUCCUGCAGUUCAAUUCAGGGACCCUGACCCUGACGCGCCGGCCCAAGCCACAGCCCGAACCCCUCAGCUACCCCAUCCUGGAGUGGGAGGACAUCAAGUUUGAGGACAUGAUUGGGGAAGGGAACUUUGGGCAGGUCAUCAGGGCCAUGAUCAAAAAAGAUGGCUUGAAAAUGAAUGCAGCCAUCAAGAUGCUGAAGGAGUUCGCCUCAGAGAAUGACCACCGGGACUUUGCUGGAGAGUUAGAGGUGCUGUGCAAGCUGGGCCAUCACCCCAACAUAAUCAACUUGCUAGGCGCCUGUGAGAACAAGGGUUACCUGUAUAUUGCCAUCGAGUAUGCCCCCUAUGGAAACCUCCUUGACUUCCUCCGCAAAAGCCGAGUCCUGGAGACCGACCCAGCCUUUGCCAAGGAGCAUGGCACCGCGUCCACCCUCACCUCCCAGCAGCUCCUCCAGUUCGCUUCAGACGUGGCCAAGGGGAUGCAGUACCUAAGUGAGAAGCAGUUCAUUCACAGGGACCUGGCAGCCAGGAAUAUCCUGGUGGGAGAAAACCUGGCCUCCAAGAUCGCUGACUUUGGCCUUUCCAGGGGGGAGGAGGUCUACGUGAAGAAGACAAUGGGCCGCUUGCCAGUUCGUUGGAUGGCCAUCGAGUCCCUCAACUACAGCGUGUACACCACCAAGAGUGAUGUGUGGUCCUUUGGCGUCCUUCUCUGGGAGAUCGUCAGCUUGGGGGGCACGCCGUACUGCGGGAUGACGUGUGCUGAGCUCUACGAGAAGCUGCCCCAGGGCUAUCGCAUGGAGAAACCCCGCAACUGUGAUGAUGAGGUGUACGAGCUGAUGCGGCAGUGCUGGCGCGACCGUCCCUACGAGCGCCCACCCUUUGCCCAGAUCUCCAUGCAGCUCAUCCGCAUGCUGGAGGCCAGGAAGGCAUACGUGAACAUGGCCCUGUUUGAGAACUUCACCUACGCAGGGAUUGAUGCCACCGCGGAGGAGGCCUGAGGCUGCACCCAGCUCCAUGCAGUUCCCACCAGCUUGUGCCCCCAUGGCGGAGGGGCAACACCAGCCCCCAGCUUGCUGGGACACUGCUGUGGGGGUUACCUUCAAUCCCUGCCCAGCAGGUGACCAUGGCUGAACAACAGUGGCCCCUCUGGAGAGCAUCCUCCCUUUAGCAGGACUGCACUGUGCCCUUCCCAGUUGCCUCCUGAUGCACGCUGGCUGGGGGACACAUAGCGACGGCCUCAAAGGACAAGUGCCAGCUGCGUGCCCUACACAGUGUCUGCAGCAGAGAGAAGGGCCCGGCCCCCAGGAGCUGGGGAUGCUGCAGCCCACGCCCUGGCAGGACACAAACACCCAAACUGCUGGGUGAGAGGUGGAAGCAGAGACCCGGCAGCUCCCUGCCCUGCAGUUCUCAGCUUACUCCACUGCAGAUAGUGAUCAUCAACUCCAGCAUGGGAUGCAGCAGCCCCAGUGCAGGAGGAAGGACGUGCACAGUCUCCAGCUCAGCACUACCCCUUGGAACUCAAUGGCUAUGUUUUAUGGUCAAUAAACAUUGUACAAGGGA